ACCAGAAUUCAGGAUUGCCACAACCACAGAUUCAUGAUUAAGCCAUAGAAAGGUGGAAAGAGAGUAAGAGGAAAGGACUAUGGAGACAAAUUCAUCUAAUUUUUCAUUCCACCGUGUGCUCCUCUUUCCUUUCAUGUCAAAAGGUCACACCAUACCAAUUCUCCCCCUAGCUCGCCUCUUACUCCGCCGUGGCUUCGCUGUUACAGUCUUUACCACGCCAGGAAACCGUCACUUUAUUGCUAAGUCUCUUGCUGACACUUCAGCAUCUAUCAUUGACAUUCCUUACCCUGAAAACAUUCCUGAAAUUCCAGUUGGUGUUGAGAGCACUGAUGCACUACCUUCAAUGUCACUCUAUGUUCCGUUUUGUAGAGCCACAAAGCUCAUGCAACCAGAGUUCGAAAGGAAGCUUCAGAGUCUGCUUCCUGUGAGCUUCAUGGUAUCAGAUGGGUUCCUUUGGUGGACUCUAGAGUCUGCAACAAAGUUUGGUUUCCCGAGGUUGGUGUUUUAUGGCAUGAACCAGUAUGCCAUGAGUGUGUUAAAAGCUGUAGCUGCAGACAGGCUUUUGUUUGGGGCUGAGUCAGAUGAUGAGUUGAUCACAGUUACUCAACUUCCAUGGAUUAAGGUCAGUAGAAAAGACUUUGAUCCAAAAUUCUUAAAGCCUGAUCCAAAUAGUCCUUCGUUGGAGUUAAUCAUGGAUCAAGUGAUAUCAACAACAAAGAGUUAUGGGUAUAUUGUUAACAGCUUCUAUGAGCUGGAAAAAUUUUUUUUUGAUCGUUGGAACAGUGAGGAAAGGCUCAAGGUAUGGUGUGUUGGACCCUUGUGUCUGGCUGAACCCCGCAAGGUUGAACAUGAACCCCAGAAGAAACCCUCUUGGAUUAAAUGGCUAGAUCAAAAGCUAGAUCAAGGAUGCUCAGUUUUGUAUGUAGCAUUCGGUACCCAGUCAGAGAUCUCAUCAGAACAACUUAAACAAAUAGCAAUUGGGCUGGAAGAAUCAAAGGCUAACUUCUUGUGGGUUGUAAGGAAGAAAGAAUCAGAAGUAAUGGAUGAAGGGUUUGAAGAAAGGGUUAAAGAGAGAGGUAUUGUGGUGAGAGAGUGGGUUGAUCAGAGAGAAAUAUUGAUGCACCAAAGUGUUCAAGGGUUUUUGACUCACUGUGGCUGGAAUUCAGUGUUGGAAAGCAUAUGCGCAGGGGUACCAAUCCUUGCAUGGCCAAUAACAGCUGAUCAGCCAUUGAACGCAAAAAUGGUGGUAGAGGAAUUAAAGGCAGGGUUAAGAGUCGAUACAUGUAAUGGGACAGCGAGAUCCGAUUUUGUGCAUUGGAAAGGAUUUAUGAAUAUGGUGAGGGAGUUGAUGGAAGGAGAGAUGGGACAAGAGGUGAGGAAAAAGGUGAAAGAACUUUCAGAGUUGGCCAAGAUGGCUAUGGAGGAGAACAGUGGAUCAUCUUGGCGGACACUAGACUUGCUCAUUAAUGAGCUCUGCAACAAGAAGUAG